UUUAUAUCUUUAAUACACUGAUGACAGUAUUCCAUUCUUCAUGAAUUGAUUGUCAAGCAUUACAUUCCCUACUUGCAAAUUUCUAGAAUAUGAUCGAGAUUGUAUUAAAGAGAAAAGCCUGCUGACCGUAAAAACGGCACUGGAUCUUAUCAACUGUAAAUCAACGUAGACUGGCUUGCAGCGAUUUCGGUUCCUUGGUAAUUUGGCUGGCGAGGAUGUCUGAGCUUAGCACCGAUCGCAGGUUCCACAACCUGACCAAGGAACAGAUCCAGACCUUAGACCAGGUUCUGACAGAGGUCAUUCCCAUACAUGGAAGAGGAAAUUUUCCCACGCUUGAGGUAAAGCCAAAAGACAUCAUCCAUGUGGUGAGAGACAAGCUGAAGGAAAAACAUAUUAAAGUGAGGGAUGUUCGCCUCAAUGGCUCUACUGCCAGCCAUGUGCUCGUUAAGGAGAAUGGCACCAGUUACAAGGACCUAGACAUCAUCUUUGGAGUUGAGUUGCCGAGACAGGAGGAUUUCCAGAUCAUCAAGGAGGUGGUGCUUGGCUGUCUGCUAGAUUUUCUACCCCGAGGCGUCAACAAGGACAAGAUCACAGCCCUGACCAUGAAGGAAGCUUAUGUUCAGAAGAUGGUCAAAGUCUUCAACGAGCAUGACCGUUGGAGCCUCAUUUCGCUUUCCAACAACAGCGGCAAGAACGUGGAGCUGAAGUUUGUCAGCUCCUUGCGUAGGCAGUUUGAGUUCAGUGUGGACUCAUUUCAGAUCAUCCUGGAUCGCAUGCUUGAGUCUUAUCUGGAGGCUGAGAGAAGGCAGGAAGCCAGAUGUAAGAAUGAGGAGAGGAGACCUUGUACAACUGAGAGUGGCAAUCAAGUCACCUCACCGGCAGAAGAGUCUCACCCUACUUCAUCUGAUAUGACUCAAUCAAGUCAAGUUCAGCCAGAUAAGGCAGAGGACACACCAAGCUGUGACGACAGUCAAUGCCAUGAGAAACAGGAAGUGACACAAGAUGAGGAGUGGCCAUUACCAAUGGAAGGUGCUGCAGCUGAAGUGAUGGAUCCCCCUGAACAAAUGGAAAUUAUUGAACCAGAUGGAGAGACGCAGACAGAAAAUGAACAAGAGCUGCUGGAAAAGACAGAGAUUGAAGAUAAAAUAAUGACAGAAAACGAGGUCGACACUCCCAGCACCGAAACAGAGGGACAAUAUCCGAAAACAUCUGAAGAACUGUUUAUCACAGAAAAUGAAGCGGAACCAGAAAACUCAGAGAAGCCACAACCAACUGAGAAAACAUCAAUCAAGGAUCCCGUGGCUCUAAAUGUACCCUGCGAACCCGCACUUCAGUCCUGCACAUGUCUCGCACAGACAGCACUAGACUCUUACAUGGAAUUCCCUUUGCCUCCUCCAGCCAAAAAGUCUUACAAAAAAUCCCAAAUGGUCAUCCUAAAACAUUCAUCGCCGAAACCUCCGAGGAAAAUGUCCAAGAAAGUGGCAAGUGUGCCGGUGCCUCUUGCACAAACACCUUCAGAAAAUGAGCCCCCGUUCCUUGUGGACCAGCCAUUAGGUUCGGCUAAAAUAAACCCCAAAGAAUCAAUACCUAUUCCAGAUAAAGUGCCAAACCCUGUUUGUUCACAGGCUCCUGACACCACCUCACAGGGCAAAGAAUGUUCAGAGAAAAAAUCAGACAUGCCAACUACAGCCCACAACGUCACCCCCCAGGAGAAUGGCACAGAGUCACACAAAAAGACAACAUGCUCUCAACCAAAUGAAUCAAAAACCUCAGAUAAUGAAUUAUUUCCUCCUGGUGCAAAAUCAGAGGUCACAGGGCUUGAUAAAAAAGACAAGGACCUUCUCAUUCAAAACCCUUUUAAAGAUGAACCAUCACCUCUUGUCCGAGUCCCUUAUUCUACUUGCUCAGUAGUAGACUCUGCUGUCCAGGUUUCAGAGGUGAUUGUCCAGGUACCAGAACAUCCUGUUCAACUGCUUGAUUUUGCUGUUCAGGUCCCAGAACCUGGUAUCCAGGAACUACAACAGGGAGUCCAGGGAACAGAGCUCAAAACCCAGGAAAUGCAGUCUUCUACAGAAGGAACAAAACAUGCUGAUCCAUUAGUAGAUUUAACACCACAGGUAGCAGUGUUUGCUCCCCAGGUAACAUGUCCUGCUGCCCUCAUGUCAGAGCCUAUUUGUAAGUUACCAGAACCUGCUUUCCAAGAACAACAAUUUGCCCCAGAUACAGACACGCAGGUCAGAGACAAACCAGAAAGUCAGCCAACCGAGUCCUCGCCACUUAGAGAACUGCCUGACAUUACAGUGGUAGCAGAGAGCAUGUACGGUGACUUUGAACAAGCCAUGGACCAUCUGCGCUACCGUCUCAUAGCCACACGCAACCCGGAGGAGAUCAGGGGUGGUGGCCUCCUGAAGUACAGCAACCUGCUGGUGCGCGAGUUCAAGCCAGCCAGCGAGACCGAGAUCAAGACCCUGGAGCGCUACAUGUGCUCACGCUUCUUCAUCGACUUCCCCGACGUCAAUGAGCAGCAACGCAAGAUCGAGUCGUACUUGCGCAACCACUUCAUUGGCGAGGAGAAGAGCAAGUACGACUACCUGAUGACUCUGCGGAGGGUAGUCAAUGAAAGCACCGUGUGUCUGAUGGGCCACGAGCGCCGACAGACCCUCAACAUGAUUACUAUCCUGGCCCUCAAGGUUCUCGGAGAGCAGAAUAUCAUCCCUAACACCACCAAUGUCACCUGCUACUACCAGCCUGCACCAUAUAUGGCUGACCACAACUUCAGCAACUACUACAUUGCCCAUGGGCAACCACCACUCAUCUACCACCCUUACCCAAUGCACAUGCACAUAGAGACUGGCCUGGUCUAGUACAUGAACAGCAGACAAAAACAGCUACUGUGUUUAAAAAAAGAAACAUAAUGCUAAGCAUGAGAGAGAUCAGCCCCAGAAACCAAACUAACGAAUCGUCCGAUAAAGUGCACAAAUGCUCGAACCACCCGGGGCUGAUUUUUGGGUCUAAAUGCCGGAAACAAAAAUCGACAUCUGAGAGACCCCAUCGGCUUCUGAGGCGUCGCUCGUGGGGAAAGCACAGCUGAUGACCAUUUUAAAGUCAAACUAGAUCCAACACACCACUUUGUAGACAAACACGUCCCAACCGUGUCCGCUGGCCAUCACAGGCAACAUGUGUCUGUAGCCAGGAGGGAGGGAGGCAUUGGGCUCGUGGGUGGAGAGAGGGCCCUAGCAGUGGGGAGUUGGGGUUGAUGACCACAGGUGUGGAUGAACUUGGGGGCUUGCCGAAUAGCUGUAGAGAGGGUCUUCUCGAACAAACACCCACAAUUUUCCUUUCAUUCAGUCACCGCAGGUUAGAUCCACUUCAGCGCUGGAGCGUAAAGCAUUGUGACGAGGCGCGGGACCGUUUCAAUCCAAUCUGCAGAAUUUCUGUCAAGCACUUGGGAAAUGUUCUGAUAGGUCCAGAAGUCAAGAGACUGCUCCUAAUGCCACAUCUAUAAAUAUCCUGCUGUAGAAAUUAGAAAAAAAAAAUGAAAAAAACAAUGAUAAAAAGAACUGAAAUUACUGCACAAUGACUCUUCCAUGAAAAAAAUUCACAGUUGCAGUAAUUAGCUUAAGAGAUGAACAUGAAGGUUGCCAAACUAUUACAGCCCCUUUAUACAGAGUAAACUUUGUGUCCCUCGUCAGGGAGUUUCUACCUAUCGAACAGAUCAGGGGCUAAGUCAAGUUUACCUGGGGCUUGACGUUUUUUUUUUUUUAGUUAGAUUACCAUCGGGGGCAAAAUACCCGUGGCUAGGCUUAAGAUACUCGAGGCUAUAGCCCCGAUUGAUCGGACUUAACGACUCCCAUGUCCUUCGCUGUAAUUUGCAGACCAAGAAACCACCAGCUAUGUAAACGUCAAUGAUGGCAUGAAAGUGAAGAUUCAUGUGGUACAAGUUUGUUACAAUGACACUGACUGCACAUUUCCCGUGUGCCGCAGGUGGACUGGCUGUUGUUUUUAAUUAUCGCACUUGAUUGUUCACCUAUAUAGAAAAAUACAAACACUGAUUUAUUUCAAGAGAAAAAUCUUUUACACUUUAAAGUGAUUUAAUGGUGACUUUCACUGUAUUUCUGUAUCCAUUGCUAGUAGGCGAUAGGUCCUUUUGAAACUUAAAAAAACGCGCGUGAUUUACAGCAAACCCGAAGGCAGCCUUGUGCUCCAUUUGCCCAAUCCUCGCUUGUUUUGCAUUUGUUUUGCCAGAAGGUAUCCGUGCAAAACAUGGUGAUUAGGUUGUGAGACAUGCCAAAUUUAUUUAUU